AGUGGAAAGUCUUGUUUGGGUGAAAUUAUCUACCGUUACAUAACAGCUGAAAAAUUUUCAGCAGAAUGUCUUCUGGACUGCUUAGAUCUGUCGUCCGAGCACCAUACUCUUGACAUAGCUAACAGAAUUGAGGCCGCCACGCAUGUUUGGAGUCUCAAAAAUCAGAAAAGAAAUUCUCAGCAUUCCAAGGGGAAAAAAUCAUGGGGAGGGAAGGUGAAAGGAUUCGUUACUGCUACAGAGAGAAGCCAGCUCCUGGCACAGAGAGCAGAAGGCCUUCUCAAGAGCUUAAAACUCCGGUACCCGGGCCUUCCUCAAACUCUCUUGGAUAUGAACAAGAUCCAAUACAAUAAGGAUGUGGGCCAGUCCAUUCUCGAAAGCUACUCCCGAGUCAUGGAGAGCUUGGCAUUCAAUAUAAUGGCGAGGAUCGACGACCUGAUCUUCGUUGACGAUUCAACCAAGAAAUUCAUCGGCUCCGACGAACACGCCAUGUUCAACAGAGGCGGCCGACUCGGGUGGAUUCCCAAUUUAAAUACAGGAGAAGAGGUAAUUUGA